GAUCAUUGACUUGAUCGUCGAGUAGACAGCUGUUCGAGUUUUACUUCAUAUUUAUUUGUGUUAUUUACUUUGAAAACUAAUAUUUGAAAGGUUUAUCAAGUAUAUUACGUGAGUUUUCUCGUUAACGUGCAUUCUAAACUAUAUUUGUGUUGUAUUCAUCGACGAAUUAGAAACGUGAGAAAGUGAAUAUAAAAAGAAGGUUAUGUUCCUGCUAUCGGAGGAUACGUUAUUAAUGUUAUAAACAUUUUAUAUACAAUCAAGACGAAAUUAUAAUUUUUGACAUGUCAGGUUGGAAUGGAAAUAAUAAAACAUCUAUUCCACCACGAUGGCUUCAUUGUCCAAGAAAAGCUAUAAAGUUGAUACAAAAUAAAUUCUUAGCAUUUAAGACACCGUUAUCAUCGGCGUACAAUAGCCAAGUACCCGAAGAAUGUCGAUUUACGAUAGAUAUGCUUUUCGCAUCCCUCAAGAGUCAGAAAGUGAAACUUGGUUUAUGGAUCGAUUUAACUAAUACAACAAGGUUCUAUGACAAGAAGGAUUUGGAAGCACAAGGUUGUAAAUAUUUAAAAUUGCAAUGCAGAGGUCAUGGAGAAACUCCAUCGGACGAACAGACGCGUUUUUUUGUUCAAGUUUGCAAACAGUUUAUUUCGCAUAACCCAUUAGAAGUUAUUGGUGUUCAUUGUACUCAUGGUUUCAACAGAACAGGUUUCUUGAUAAUCAGUUACUUAGUGGAAAUAGAUGGUACCAGUGUUGAUGCUGGCUUAGCCGAAUUUGCUGCAGUUAGACCACCUGGUAUUUACAAAGUUGAUUAUAUCAAAGAAUUAUAUAAACGAUACGACGACGAGGAUGAUGCCCCUGAUCCACCACCAAGACCGGCGUGGUGUCUAGAAUAUGAUGACUCUAAUGUAGAAGAUACUGAUGAAGGACCUAGUACAGAAAAUCAUAAUUAUGAAAAAGAAUCCAAGAGAAGAAAAAAAGAAUUUUAUAACAAAAACCCAGUAUUUAUGGCUGGUGUAUCUGGUGUAACACCUAUCGUGGAACAAAAGAAACUAGUUGGUAUACAAAGACGUGUUCAAGAAAUCUGUUCUUGGACAUCGACGGGAUUCCCUGGUUCUCAACCUGUUUCAAUGGAUUUAGAAAAUAUUAGAUUAUUACAUGAAAAACCAUAUAGGGUAUCAUGGAAAGCUGAUGGAACCAGAUAUAUGAUGCUGAUACAAGCCGAUAGAGAAAUAUACUUCAUAGACAGAGAUAACAGUGUUUUUCAAGCGGAAGGAUUAACUUUCCCUCAUCCAAAAGAUCUAUCCAAGUGUCUUAGAGAUACGCUAUUGGAUGGUGAAAUGGUAAUUGAUAAAGUAUGUGGUAAAGAAUAUGCUAGGUAUUUAGCAUACGAUAUAGUUAUGUAUGAUGGAAAAGAUGUUGCUAAAUUACCUUUCCAUCCUGAUCGAUAUGAAAUUAUUGAAAGAGAAGUAAUAAAAAGUAGGCAUAGAGCAUUGAAGGAAGGAAGAAUACGUAGAGAACAAGAACCUUUUUCAGUCCGAUUGAAACACUUUUGGGAUGUCACACAGGCUGCUAAUUUACUUAGUGAAAAAUUUGCUAAGAAUCUAUCUCACGAGCCCGAUGGAUUAAUAUUUCAGCCUUCUAAAGAAUCAUAUUGUCCAGGACCAUCUCCUGAAGUUUUAAAAUGGAAACCUAUUUCAUUGAAUUCGGUAGAUUUCAGAUUAAAAAUUGUUACUGAAACAGGAGUAGGAAUUCUUCCACGAAAAGUUGGUCACUUGUUUGUUGGUGGUUUAGAUGUACCAUAUAGUCAAAUGAAAGUUACUAAACAAAUUAAAGAUUUAAAUAAUGCUAUUAUUGAAUGUAAAGUAGAAAAUGGCCAAUGGGUAUUUAUGCGUGUAAGAAAAGAUAAAUCGUUUCCUAAUUCAGUACGUACUGCAAAUUCCGUGUUUGAAAGUAUUAGAAGACCGAUUACGACAGAGUAUCUUUUAGAAUACAUUGAUAAACAUAGAUUUUUAGAAGAUGAUUCAGAUCUUAUGCCACCACCUAAUAAAAGAUCUAAAUGACAAUAAUGAUUUGUAUACGUACUAAUCAAUAUUGUUAUCACCUUUACAAAUAUGUAUUGUGACUUUAAAAUAAGUAAUGUAUAACUUAGCAUGAGAUUUCUAUCAUCUGACAUACAAAGGUCAACAUUAUGAAAUCAUAUAUAAUUAUUUUAGUUGAUAGAUUAUCAUUGUAUACUCGCAAUCGUCCUUCGCUAAAUAAAGAACUUUUCUAUAAAAUAA